CACGCUCCGGGCCGAUUAUAAAACUUUCUUCCUCUCCAAUUCCCUCUUCAUCUUACGUAAACAGACAUGUGAAUGUUUCCCAGUUCGAGUUGAGCCUCAGUCUAAAAUGUUUGCGGAUGCAGUUCUCGCGUUUUUAUUCGUUUUGACUGUUGCGGCGGGUCUCGAGGGGUCGGAUAUAAAAAAAAUCGGGAAGUGUUGUGCCAAAGGGGAGAUUAUUUCGGCGAGAAAGAACUUCAGUUGCGUCCCUCAAGAAAUUUCCACUGAACUCCUCAGUGGCGAGACGACCGGGGACAACUGGGUGCACUUCGACGAGUGUCCGGACACCGGGGAAGUCACGAUAAUACGACUAAGCGACAUAAUUGAUAAGAAUAUAUCGAGCAUAAGCGCCUCCUCCGGGUGCCUGGACCUCUUCGACGGUGACAAGAAACUCGGAGUGAUCCCGGUUAUUGUUCACUGCGAGGAUGACUCGAGUGUGGUCAGCCUCCAGAUCCCCAAACUCGCUGGAUUCAGAGUCUGCUGUCCCCGCGGUAGGAUUUACGACCCCGACGUCCGCGACUGUGUCCCGAGAGAAUUAAUAGGGACAUUGGAUAUUGCUGAUUUUAUCUUUGACUCUGUCGGCGGAAAAUCCUUUGUUGAGUUUUCGAGUUUUGUGCGCGGCCCACCUCAGUGCAAAUAUGCGAUAGUGGAUUAUGUCAUCGAUAGCUGGAGGAAUCUCGAAAUUCUCGGGAAUGGGAGUCUUAAGGUUUCAAUUUCGUCUGACGAGGACACGAGUGUACUCCUGACCGAGGAGAAUUCAUGCCUCGAUAGAGGUACUUCAUCUGGGCUUAUCCUGAGAUUAUGCACUGGCGCGGAAUAUUGUCGUAGGAAUGCUUGUGUGAGAAAGUGUUGUCCCGAGGGCCAAGCGAGAAUCGGUAGAGUUUGUCAAAUGAUUCCACUAGGUACUGUGCCGCCGGGUGAAUUUCAUCGGAGACUCGAGGAAUUCUCUCGAGCCAAGCCCAAUCAUUCCGAGUGGAAACCGUUGGAUACAGCCAAAUAUGGAUUAUUAAUCGGUGAACACUCAUGCGAGCACGGAAAAUACUCACUGAUGCCCGAUGAACUUCCGGUUAUCGAUUCCCACGGUAACAUUCACAUCCACCUACCCGAGCAUGAAAGAUUCAGGCACCACGAGUACUGCAUGGAGGUAUUCCGCAACGUAACGAGCUAUGACGACGGUUUCUACCCCGCCGUGUGUUUCCCCAAUCCCGACCCCCCGGGGCCCAACAAAUGGAGAUUCGGUAUCAAUGCAGCCCUGGAAUUAACGAGCUGCAUGUUUCUGCUGAUAACAUUUCUCGUUUACGUUUUUCUACCACUCCUGCAGAAUCUCCACGGCAAAACAUUGAUGUGUCACGUCGCGAGUUUAUUCGCUGCAUACGCCUGUCUAGCUGCGAUCGCACUGACUGAACCACCGUGGCCAGAGGCAGAUGCAUCAACGAGGGAUGACGGUAACAAUGAAAUUUCAUCUGAUAGUGGUUGUAAAUUUCUUGGAUACACCACGCUAUUCAGCUUUCUCGCUGCGUUCGCCUGGCUCAAUGUCAUGUGUUUUGACAUUUGGUGGACGUUUGGGGGGUUGGGCGGCGCUGGGGGGAGGAGAGGAGCACAAAGAAAACGAUUUUUUCUUUAUUCUUUGUACGCCUGGGGUCUUGCAUUCGCUUUAGCCUGCCUCGCUGGCGCUGCUGAUUACACCGGUGUCAUGCCGAGGAGUAUGAGACCGAAUAUCGGCGUGGAUUCGUGCUGGUUCAAUUCGGAAUCCAGUGGCGUUGUAAUUUUUUUCAUAACUCCCAUAUCAAUUCAACUAGUGGCCAAUGUGAUAUUUUUCAUUCUGACAUCGCUCCACUGCAGUCGCGUCAGAGCCGAGAUAACGAGGGUCAUGAGGCCAGCGACAGACCCCAGGAGUCGGCGUUUUCACUCGGACAGAUCCAAAUUAAUCGUCAACAUCAAACUUUUCAUCGUGAUGGGAAUAUCCUGGGUCAUGGAAAUAAUCUCCACUAUUCUCAAUCGUUACGCAACCGAUUUUAAUUGGCGAGCCGAGUUUUUUUACGUUUCCGAUGCAUUCAACUGUCUCCAGGGGCUUCUCAUUUUUAUUCUGUUUGUGCUGAAGAGCAAGGUUUAUCACGCGCUUAGGCACAGGUUGAAGGAGGGGAGGCACAGUGCUCAGGGAACAUUGAACACCACUUUGCACGAUCCUUUCAGGGUCCAGAAGAGCGCCAGUUGCAGUACUCUGAUGUCCACAUUUGCAGUUAAUUGUAAUCCAUGAGUAAUGAGUCGUGAAAUGAGAUCAUUUUUAUUUUUUGAUUGUCACCAGACAUUUCGUCGUACAAUCACUUUUUCAUUCCCCAAUGCAUCAUGACUAGUCAUUUAAUCCUGGUAAAAAAGAUCCUGCACAGAAUUUUUUUUUUCUGAAAAAUUUUCAUUUAAAAUUGAGUAAAUUUCGUUUAUUCUUUUUUUCCAAUUUGGGUAGAAAUAUUUUCUUUGUCUUUAGAAGUUUUGGAUCAGUGAAGCAAAGUGAGCAAUUUUGACUUUUUUCUAAAUGCCAAUCGCUCAUUGAAUUUUCAAUUAAAUGAAAUUUUUUUUCCGUGGAAAAUGGGAUUUUUCCAUUUUCAGAUGAACCUAAUCCGAUAUUGACUGAUAAAUUUAUUUCCAAGUUAUGGACAUAAAAAAAAAAAUCAAGUGUACAUUUUACCGAUAAACAAAUUAAAAU